CGUAGCAGUUCAUCAUCGUCGUAUUCCUCAAGGUCAUCCAGAUCCAGCUCUUCAUCAUCUACCGGAUCGAGUUCCUCAUCCCGAUACCGUUCAAGAAGCCGUUCGUACUCGCCCAGGCGAAAGUAUUUUUUUAGUUCAUUCGUUUUCAAUAUAGUCCUACGCUCAUUUUACCCCGGAUUUCGUCUGCCAGCGCCUCCAAUUUCCGGCGCUAACAAAGGAGCACAGCUUAUGCAGAAAAUGGGUUGGAGCGGCUCAGGGUUAGGAGCCUCAAAACAGGGAAUUAUCGAACCAAUUGGCGGUGGCGAAGUUCGCGACAGACAAGAUCAGUAUAGAGGUUUGGGAAGCGCGAUGGAUCCCUAUGAACAGUAUAGAAAGCAACGGAGUGGCAGUUAUCACGACAGAAAUCAAGCCAACUUUUCGGUGAGGGAUAAAGAUCAUUGA